AAGGAAAAUGGAGAAUUAUAAUAAAAGAAGGCGGAUUCUCAAUUAGGGUUUCAAGCCAGUUUGAGAAGGAAGUAGAAAGCCGAUCCUCGGAGAGAAAGAUGUCGAAGAAAAACGACUUAGGUCGCCGAAAAAGGCAGCACGACUUCGAUCUCAAAAGAGAGAAAGAAGAUAAGGAAAAGAAGGAAAAGAAGCUGCAGGCCACGAAGAGCAAGAUGAAGGUGGAUGCAAAUGACAGGAAGAAGAAGGGUGCAAGUGGAUUUCGAGUUGGGAAGAAAAAGGUGAAGAGCAAGUUGACUCCAUUGGCAAAAGCAAAAGCAGCCCAGGCAAUGGAAGUUGACAAAUAAGUUGUGCAUUGAGUGAGUGUGGCGCAUGUUGAGAAUAUAUGAAAUGUGCGCCGUUUGCUCCUGGAAUCUACGUCAUUAGCCACCUUAGGAUGUGUAACUGAGAGUGAAAAGUUUAUCUUUACUUUUGUACUCAUUAGCACUUCCUUUUAUAGAUAUUGAUUAUUUGAUUUAUGUGGAAAUUAAUAACUUCCAUUUUACUGUU